UCACUAAAAGAGCGGAUGGCGAUGUAUCAAGCCGCUGUUUCCAGAGGUGACUGCAGCAGCAGCAGCAGCUUCUCUGCUAAUAUGAUGGAGGAGACUGAGACUCGGACAGUGCCUGGUGGCUUAGCCAGGGUGAAGAAACAAUUUGAGAGAGAUGAAAUCGCCUCUUCACAUAAUACCUUUUCUCAGUACCAGCACCAGCAAAGAUUUGAUCAGGACGUAACAAUCAGAAGCCAUAUUAACAUUUCAAGUGACCACCGAGAAACUGAAGAAUAUGAACAAGGGAUCUCCAAAACAUCUCAAAUUGAGGUCUCUCAACUCGAAAAACAUGCUCGAGAACUAAGCCAGGCCUCUCGUUCUAGUCAGUAUGUUCAAGAAACAGUUAUUGACACACCUGAGGAUGAAGAGAUCCCGAAGGUUUCAACCCAGUUUUUAAAACAGCACUUUGAAAAGACAGCCCAAGAAAAGGUCCUUCAUUCUGACAGAGAUAUGGCAAGUCCAGCCAAACAGAUUAAGAUUGACAGUGGAUAUAAAGAUACUGUGUCGCCAUCUCCAGUUGUCACUUGCAUAGCUGGCAGUGCUUCGGCCAGUCAGAGACAGGCUACGUCCAACAUGAGUCGUACAGAAUACAAUUCCACUUCAUCUUCUGCACAGGUCAACGCCACGAAUUUUGGAAAGACAGAAGAUUUUCCUCCUCCCCCAUCUGAAAUAGUGCCAACAUUAGCAGAUGUGACAGCAUUUUCCCAGUCCCCUGAAUGCCCCAGGCCCCCUGGAAAAUUUCCCAUCCCCAAAGAUUUAUAUUCCAAGCAGAGAAAUUUAUAUGAAUUAAAUCGCUUAUAUAAGCACAUCCACCCUGAAUUAAGAAAAAACUUGGAAAAGGAUUAUAUUAGUGAUGUUUCUGAAAUUGUAUCUUGUCAUGUAGACACAGGAGACUCUGUUUCAGCAGAUGUGCAGCAAACCCGCUACGUUUUUGAAAAUACUGGUGGCUGUAAUCAAAAAUGUCUCAACCCUGAAAGAGAGUAUCUUGAAUGGGAUGAAAUUUUGAAGGGAGAAGUACAGUCCAUGAGAUGGAUUUUUGAGAACCAGCCCUUAGAUUCCAUCAAAGAUCAAUCUCCAGAUGAAGGCAAUGGCAAAAAAAGCAUCGCUGAUCAAGAAAUCAUUGCUGGGGGAGAUGUGAAAUAUACCACAUGGAUGUUUGAAACCCAACCAAUAGAUACAUUAGGGUUUCAUUCUUCCGGAUCUACCGAAAGUAAUGAGAAGGUUCCAGAACUAGCCAGGGGAGACGUGCGCACAGCCACGUGGAUGUUUGAGACACAACCACUAGAUUCGAUGAACAAAAUUUAUCAGGACCAACAAGAAGGGUCAGAGGGAAUUGCCAUUAAAGAUAUAACUGGAGGGGAUGUCAAAACUGUGAAAUACCUCUUUGAAACUCAGAAUCUUGACCAACUUGGGCAGCUAUAUUCAGUGGAUGAAGCUAACUUACUACAGCUCAGAUCUGAGCUCAAAGAGAUUAAAGGGAAUGUGAAGAGAAGUAUAAAACAUUUUGAAACUCAACCAUUGUAUGUUAUAAAAAAUGACUUAGGGCAAAUUCUUGAGAUUAAAACUGUUCACAGGGAAGACAUUGAAAAGGGGGAUGUGAGAACAGCACGCUGGAUGUUUGAGACACAACCCUUGGAUAUGAUUAACAAAGAUAUUACUGAAGUUAAAGUUGUCCGUGGAAUAUCCAUGGAAGAAAACAUCAGAGGUGGAGUAAGUAAGGCAAAGUGGCUAUUUGAAACUCAACCUUUGGAGUCCAUCAAAGAAGAAUCUGAAGUGUCUGUUAUUGAAAAAGAAACUAUCAUAGGUACUGAUGUCUCCAGAAAGUGUUGGAUGUUUGAAACUCACCCAUUAGACACACUAAAAGAAGUCACUGAUUCAAACCCUUUACCAGCUGAAGAAAUAAUAGGUGGAGAUGUGAAAGCCACCAAGUACUUAUUUGAAACACUUCCAAUGGAUGUUUUAAAAGAUAGUCCAGAAGUUGGCAAACUUCAAAAGAUAGCUGCUUCUGAAGAAGAAAAGGGAGAUGUGAGGCACCAGAAAUGGGUUUUUGAGACUCAACCUCUGGAAAACAUUAGGGAGGAGGAGAAGGAAUAUAUUAAGACAGUUAAACUUGAAGAGAUUGACAAAGGAGAUGUUAGAAGCUACACACAUAUCUUUGAAUCAAAUAAUUUAAUUACAUUUGAUGAAUCACAUAAAAUACAAGUAGAAGGAGUGACCAGAGGUGCCGUAGAGUAUAAUAAAUCUCUCUUUGAGACAACUCCCCUGUAUGCUAUUCAGGAUCAUCUUGGGAGAUAUCAUGAAGUUAAAACAGUUCAACAAGAAGAAAUACUAAGGGGUGACGUGCAAAGUUGUAGGUGGCUGUUUGAAACUCGGCCUAUUGAUCAGUUUGAUGAAAGCAUUCAUAAAUAUCAGAUUAUCAAAGGAAUAUCUUCACGAGAAAUACAGUCUGGUGAUGUGAAGUCUGCUAAAUGGCUCUUUGAGACACAACCUCUAGAUUCUAUUAAACAUUUUAAUAACAUGGAGAAUUCCGAAAGUACAAAACAGCAAACUAUGGAUGUUGUUAAAGGGGAUGUAAAAGCCUACACAUGGCUAUUUGAAACCCAGCCAAUGGAGUCCCUUUAUGACAAGACAGAGUUAAUGACCAACAAUGAAGAAAUUCAAAAGGGAGAUGUCAAAACAUGUACUUGGCUUUUUGAAACUCAACCACUUGAUGAAAUAAGAGAUGACUCAGAAGCAGGAGUCAAACUCCAAACCAUAAAACAAGAAGAUAUCCAAGGAAGGGACGUCCGCACAGCCUGCUUUCUUUUUGAGACAGAAAACCUGGACAACAUACAAGGAGAAGAAGGCAAGGAAAUCAAGUCAGUGGAAGUGGAUAUUCAGUCUGGGGAUGUUUCUGGCAUGAAGUACAAGUUUGAAAAUCAGUCCUUGGAUUCCAUAAGUUCCAGUUCAGAGGAAGUUUUGAAAAAGAUCAAAACCUUACAAGCUGAAGAUAUUCAGAGAGGUGAUGUUUUAAAUUGCAGGUGGCUCUUUGAAAACCAGCCUAUUGAUAUGAUAAAAGAAAGCCAAGAAGGUGAUGAAUUAGUCAAGACUGUGACAGACAUACAAGGUGGGAAUGUGAGAAAAGGGUGCUUUAUUUUUGAGACGUUUUCUUUGGACCAGAUUAAAGACAAAUCUGAAGAGAUCAGCAUUGAGAAAACCACUAGCCAAGAUGAAAUAAUAAAGGGGGAUGUGAAAAACUAUAGAAUGCUAUUUGAAACCCAACCACUCUAUGCUAUUCAAGACAAAGAAGGGUAUUAUCAUGAAGUGACAACAGUAAAGAAAGAAGAAGUGAUUCAUGGGGAUGUACGUGGGACUAGGUGGUUGUUUGAAACAAAGCCUUUAGAUUCUAUUAAUGAAUCAGAUAAUGUAUAUGUUAUCAAAUCUGUUACACAAGAGGACAUUCAGAAAGGAGAUGUUAGUUCUGUCAGAUAUAGAUUUGAAACACAGCCACUGGAUACAAUUUCAAAAGGGGAAAAUGUAAUUGUUCCCACUAUUGACUGUGUCCAGGGUGGAAAUGUGAAACAUCAUAAGCAACUCUUUGAAUCAGAAGAUUCUGAUAAAAGAACAUAUAUUAGGACGGUUAGUGUCAAUGAAAUACAACAGGGUAAUGUUAAAACCUCUACUUGGCUGUUUGAAACUCACACCCUAGAUGAGUUGAGAGGAGAAGGGUCAGAAUAUGAGCAUAUCAAGACAGUCACUAAGGAAGAUGUGCAGAAAGGUGAUGUCAAACAGGCAGUGUGGCUUUUUGAAAAUCAGACUUUAGAUUCUAUUAAAGAAACAGAUGAAUAUAUCACAGAAGUAACCAGGGAAGAAAUCCCUCACUCUGAUGUCAAAACAACAACAUGGCUCUUUGAAACAACACCUCUUCAUGAAUUUAAUGAAAAUAAAGUGGAAAAGGAGGAAAUUAUUGGAAAGAGUAUUAAAGAAACCUUAGAAGAACUAUAUUCACAGAAAAUGAUUGAAUCUCAUGGAAUUAUCAUUGAAGAAAAUGAACUUGGGAAUGUCCGGAUGGCUAAGUACAAACUAAUGAAUCAAGAAUCCCCUGAAAUACAAAAAGAAGAAAUUAUUAGAGGAGAUAUCAGAACUAUAAUGAUGAAUCUACUCUCCAAAAGAGAUGAUGCCAAAAGAGAGAUUUCAGUCAGUGAAGAAGAAAAGGGCAAUGUCAGUUUGACCAAAGCUCAGUUGCUAAACAGAUCUACAGAAAUCCAAUCUGAAAAAGAAGAAAUAGUGAGAGGUGAUAUACAACAAGCAAUGAAAAGUCUUUUCAGUGAGGAACGAACUGUAAAACAAGGCAUUAUAAUUCAGGAAGAUGAAAGAGGGGAUAUUAAUAUGACAAUCUAUUGUCUUCUUCAUGAAAAUGAUAGUGAUUGCAAACUAGAACAUGAAGAAAUAAUUGGUGGAGAUGUAAAACGCACUAUUCACAACUUGUUGUCUUCUGCAGCAAACUACGAAAUAGCCAAAAAGACUAAAAUAGAUGCAUCAGAGAGAGGAAACGUUCAGUUUUUCACAACAUGCAUAGAAGCUGGAGCAUUAGAUUACCUCAAACUACUCCAGACAGGGUCAAAUGAAACAGUUACAGCUGGGAAACCAGAAGGAGAGGAGGAAAUAAUUGGUGGUGAUGUUGAAGGCACAAAGCUGUUAUUACAGAAAAGGAAGUCUCAGAUUGAACGUACUGUUAAUGAAACUGACAUCAUCCCAGGAGAUGUGCAUAAUGCAGUUAAGGUUUUCAUGACCGAGCCUCUGAGUACAUCCUGUCAGGUACCUAAAGAAGAAAUUAUAAAAGGUGAUUUGAAAGCAACCUUAAAUUCCCUCAGUGAGGCCAUAAAUCAGAAAACAGUUACAAAAAGGGAAGAAAUUAUGAAAGCUGACAUGCUUGCAACAAUGAAGUCUCUUGAAGAAGCAAUGCACCAAUGGAAAGAAACUGAGAAACCUGAUAUUAUCCCUGGUGAUAUUAAACAAACUAUUGAAUCUCUUGAAAAGGCAGUAAACACAAAGACUGAAAUUCUGAAAAAGGAGCUCAUCCGAGAUGACCUUGAGGCAACAUUAAGAACGCUGAAAGAAGACCAACACUCUUUCAAGAAGAUAGACAAAAAAAAUGCACUCGAACAAGAGAAGCAGACUGUGCAGCAUGACCUGAUAGAUUCCACUGAAGAACACAAAACACAGAACAAGAGGGUAGCCACCUCAAGUGAUAUAAAAAGGACUUUGCAGUCAAAACCUGAAUCCUCUGAGCAAGGAACCAAACAUGUAGGUGGAUUAGGAAUCCUCAAACAUACUGCAGUUAAAUCUUUUCGUGGGUAUUCAAAAGGAGAACAUCGAGAGAUUGUCCCUCCAGAAGCCCCCAAAGGGACUGUAAAAAUUGUCAUAGGUCGUGACCAAAACUAUGAUGCUCUUGAGAAGAGCCUCCAAAAAUUGUCUGAUUCACCUCACAAUACUGUUCAAAAUUUGGUUCAGGAUGUAGAUCAAAACAACAUCAGAAAUGAUGCAUCAAGAGCACAGUAUCUUCAAGAGAAGCAUGUAAGGAAUCAGGCAGCUUCUUAUAGCUCAGUUCAGAAAAAUGUAAGAACUGAGAAACCAGAGAUGGGUGCUAUACUGAAAAAGGAUGACGCCUCUAGUGCUGGUUUGACUAUUGAAAAAAUGCAGCAGAAUCAAAUGUGUAUCUUAAGCAGUGGCCAACAAAUUGGGGAGUCUUCCUAUGAAAAAAGUCAUAAAAGAACAAAAAAGACAAAAAUAUCAGCAGAUAUACCCAUUUGCAAGUCUUGUGCUAGCCCCCAACCAGUUAGCAUCCCAGAUAAUGACAAUGAGAUGUGUGGAAGGACUGGUCAUAUUCAGAAGGAAAUUUUGCUGAAGGAAGAAAAGAGACAAGCACAGCAUACUAGUGAGGUUUUUCAAAGGAAUGAAAUGAACCUUCAGAAAAUGCAGCCUUUUGUUCCUUUGGUACUCAAACAGGAUAUUCAAAGUGUAUCUGAAGAAAAAGCCACAAAGGGAAACCAUGGAAAAUUUAAAGCAACAACGGAAAGAAAUAAAAAGAUUGAUGUUCAUCAGAAAAAUGAGAACUUUCAAACAAGAAUGGAUGCCUCAGCAAACUUAAAAAUGACUGUGGGAAAAUCCUGUAAUCCAGGCAAAUUGGCUACUAUAAGUAAUAUGGCUGAAAAUCAUUCUUCCCUUCCACCUCCAUCUCCACCUCCACCUCCCCCUUCCAAUGCAUCAUCUGAGAUUGAAUUUCCUCUACCUCCUCCACCUCCUUUAAUGAUGUUCUCUGAAAAACAUGAGUUUUCUUCAUUGCCAUCCACAGAAAAGAUAAAGGGUGAAUUUGACGGCUUCCCCUGCCUCCCUCCCCCACCUCCACUGGUGGAUGACAGAUCUGAGGGAGAAUGCUCAUCAACCUUUUUGCCACCUCCUCCUCCUCUAUCACAGAAACCUAUAAAUUUUUCUUCUUCUACAAUUCAAACAAAAGGAGAAAAUAUUCAGCAACUUUGCCAAGAGUCAGUACAAACUCAUUCAAGGUCCAGAUCCACAUCAAGCAAGCCAACAGCAAUCCCACCUUCUCCCAAGUUCCCCAAGCCAAAAUUCUUCAGACAGUCAGAUGAAAAUGAAAAUAGUAUCAAUCCAAAAGUUAAACCACUUCAAUCAAAUAUAGAAACCACCAAAACAAAGCAACAAAAUACAAUGAUGAGGAAGAGCAGUGUGGAGCUCACCCAGACAAAGGAGAAAAUGUAUACUGAGAUUUCUGAAGAAAAACAAGCAUCCAUUGCUGAGCCCACAAAGUCUUCCAUUCAGACCAUUCAAGAAACAUUACCACCCAAAAAAGAAAAGAUCUCACCUCUUGUUAAAAGUCAUUCCUUUCCUGUAGAAACAGAACACAUUAGCCCUAAACCAUAUGCCAGAAAAUUCAAAACCCCUCUAAUGAUUGCUGAAGAAAAAUAUAGGCAGCAAAGGGAAGAGAUUGAAAAACAGAAACAUCAAAGCUCUUGCCAUCACAUAGUCAAAACAGAAAGUCAUGAUGGAACUGAAUUAAAGUCUGAACUGAAAAUACCAGCACAGAAACCUAUGGAAGAGGAUUCCUUGCCUGCAUCAGCUUCAGAAAUUGUUCAUUUAAAUACUAAACAUGACGUCAAUCUCCAAACCAAGGAGAAUUCUAGUGAAAACCAGAUAUCUGAAUCAUCAGCAGUGUCAUUGGCUACCCAGAAGCUCCAUAGUGUCUUGAACAUAUCCAUGGACAAAGAACACCAUCAAAAGGAAGUUCUCCAAUGUUCAAGGGACAUAAUGCAACAUAGCUUAGCACAUCAAAUGGAACAAACACACCAAGAAUAUACUUCUCAUAUAAGAGAAGAGGAAAGUAAUGAAAAGCAAUUGCACUUGACUCCAAGCAAACCAGUAUCCCCAAGCUUAAAAGCUAAAAGUACCAAAUACCCAACUUUAGAGCUAAGUUUAAGUGGAAUACCCCAAAAUUUCAAGGAGACUUUCCUUAAGCAGCCAGUAGCUAAUGUUCAAACCACUACUAAACAAGAAAAGGAAACACAGAAAAAUGAAAUAAGGACAGCUAUUUCAAAUAAGCAAAAUACUGCCGAGGAAUGUUAUCAAUUACAUAUGAAGGAAAAAAGAGGAAUGAAUAAAAUGCCCACUAAUCACUCAGAGAAGAAGCAAGAAAGAGAAUCAGAUAAAGUUUAUGAGACCCAAAAAGAAGGAAAGGAGUCAGGGAGCAAGAAAGUUUUAGCAACACAAGAAGAAAACCAGAGACAGGUAUUAGUUGGUCCAAAACAUCAAAGAAUAAUAGCUGAAAGAAAAGAACAAGUUAAAAAUAAGUCAGCAGAGAAAAUAGUCCAGGAAAAAGUUAUUGAUGAACACAUUGACUCACAUACACAGAAUUUUCAUCAAACACAAAUUCAUGCUUCUGAAAGUAAGGUUAACCAUAAAAAAUUAUCCCAGCAAUCUAAUGGUCUGAAAGAAGAAUGCUUCACAAUCAAGAGCAUACGAGAGAAACAAGUCCCCCUUAAUACUAAAGAUUCAAAAGAAGAGAUUACAGAGAACAAGAUUUUAUUUUCUUCCCUACAAAAUUCCCAGAAAGAUGAUGGAAAAUCUGCUGUAAAUAUAUUGGACUUCUUGAGAAAACGUGAAGAACUUCAGCAGAUUCUGUCUCGAGUGAAACAAUUUGAAAAAGAACCAAACAAAAAUGAUAUUAAAAAAUUUCAGAUACUAUUGAAUGUUAUCCCAGCAUGGCUGAUGAAUGAGGAAAGAAAAGAAUAUGGAACACGCAUUGCCAUGGACAAUAACCUAGGAAAAAUGAAAGAAGAAAUAACCCAAAUUAAAACUGAAGUGGAGGAAAUGCUUAUUUCUUGUGAGAACACCAUCCAAAUGUGCAUGAAUUCCUCCAAAGGGGGAAAAUUGAGAACUGAACCUCCUAGUGAAGCAUCUGCCCAGAUAUCAAACAUUAAUGCUGGCUUCAACCAAAAAAAUCAGAAAGAGGAGAAAACUACAAAAGGAAAAGAACCUCAUCAAAAAGAGAAAUCUAAUUAUGAAAAAGAAUCUCAUCAAAAAGUGAAAUCCCAACAUGAAAUUAAACAGGUAGAAUGUAGAACUAUUUCUCCACAUUUAAAACAACGUUCACCAUCACCUACCUUCAUAACAAUUGAGUCUACUGCUCGACGAACAGAAACUCCUACUGUGAAUAGGUCUUCUUUGUCUCCAGAAAAGAAGGAAAGUAUACCCAUUCCUCUAUCCAGAACCAGAUCCACAACACCACCAUCCAGAGGUCGCCCAGCAUCAGCCUCUCCUCCCCCUAGAGGCAACUCUGAACAACUUGCCAAACUAAAAGACGCUACGGCAAAAUUGUCCCAAAGGACAUGCCACUAUCAGUCAGUAACACCAGGGCCAGUCAUAGAGAAAAGAGCUGAAAUUGUCAAGUCUCCUGCAACACUGAGGCGUCAAAUUAAGACAGAAACCCCAGUACCCAUAAAUGUAUCUCAUGUCACCACCAGUACAGUCUUAGAAGCUAAGGAAGCACAAGAAGUCCAGAAAGUAGAGAAAAGGGGAACUUAUGUUCACAGGGAUGGAGCCAAUAUCACAGAACACAUAGUGCCAGAUACUGAAAGUUUUGAUUCAAUAGAAAUCAUACACAAGGUUGAAGUCCCUCAGGUAGGCAUGUCAGGGCACUCUAAAAUAUAUGAAGCUUCCAAUCAAACCCUCCAUGUGGCUGAAAAUGUAGUAAAGAGCCAUGAAAGUGGAACAAACAGAUGGCUAGGGAAAUUUCAGAAUGACCCAAUUUUUGAGGCAAAGUCAAAUAGAACAGUUCACACAAAUGGUGAAGUAAACCAUAACCUGAGACAGGAAAUGCAAACAUUUAGCAAGAAGGCAUUUGGAUUAACAGCUAUGGAAAGUGAAAGCAUAAACAGCAGUUUCAGAAACUUUUCUUGUAGCCAUUCCAGUGAUCCCCAGAACAAAGUUCCAUAUAAACAACCUAUACAGCUCUCUGAAGCAAAGCCUCUAAGAGAAUGUUUUUCAGGAGUGGAUGCAUAUGAAAAUAAAAUUGUUGGGUCAAGGACAGUAGGUUCUUCAGCACAAAACUCGGAAGCAGUCAAAUCAGGCUUUGACUUCAAGCAUGCCCCACCAACCUAUGAAGAUGUCAUUGCUGGCCACAUUUUGGAUAUCUCUGCAGAAGAUUCACCAGAAGAGCUCCUGAGGAAUUUUCAGAAAACAUGGCAGGAAAGUGAGAGCGUCUUCAAAAGUCUAGGAUAUGCAGUUUCAGAUACAUCUGCAACGGAGAUGAAAAGUAGCUUCCGUGAGGAAGCAGCCUUUAGAAGUGAAACUUCUACUUCAGGACAAGGAAAUGUGUACACUAUGUCAAAAGACUGUUUAUCCAAUGGAAUGUCUGGCAGCAGACAAGAACAUUUUUCAUAAGUCAUGUUUCCGAUGCCACCAUUGCAGUAGUAAAUUGAGCUUGGGAAAUUAUGCAUCACUCCAUGGACAAAUUUACUGUAAGCCUCAUUUUAAGCAACUUUUCAAAUCAAAAGGAAAUUAUGAU